AUCUCUGGCAAUCGGAAGUUGUCUGAGCAGAGCCCUGCCGGCCGGCCCCGACCUGCCUUCGUCGUCCCCGGGCGCCCUCGGAGACUCGUUGACGGGUGGACUGACCGACCGCCUGAGGAAAGCCGGCCGGGCCAGCGAAAGCGCCGGUCCUAUGGCGCGGGUCGCGUGAGGCGGAAGGCCCAGAGCGGCCGGCGGCGGUGGCGCCCGCCCCAGCGAUGCGGGCCCCGCCCGUCGCCUCAGGUGCCGUUUGGAUAGUCCUUUAGCGGCGCAAUGUACUCUGAGUGGAGGUCGCUGCAUUUGGUGAUUCAGAAUGAUCAGGGCCACAACAGUGUGCUGCACAGCUAUCCAGAGAGUGUUGGGCGAGAGGUGGCAAAUGCAGUGGUCCAUCCUCUUGGGCAGGCCUUAGGUACCCCUUCAGUGGCUGGUAGUGAGAGUUUGUUAAAAACUGACAAAGAAGUAAAAUGGACCAUGGAAGUAAUUUGCUAUGGACUGACCCUCCCAUUGGAUGGAGAGACUGUAAAAUAUUGUGUUGAUGUUUAUACAGACUGGAUUAUGGCUUUAGUGUUGCCGAAAGAUUCUAUUCCAUUGCCAGUUAUUAAAGAGCCUAACCUAUAUGUUCAAAGUAUAUUAAAACACCUGCAAAAUCUUUUUGUACCAAGGCAGGAACAAGGCUCGAGUCAGAUCCGACUAUGCUUACAGGUCCUGAGAGCUAUUCAGAAACUGGCCCGGGAGUCAUCCAUCAUGGCCCGAGAAACCUGGGAAGUCUUACUAUUGUUUCUUCUGCAAAUUAAUGAUAUACUUUUAGCCCCACCAACUGUUCAAGGUGGCAUUGCUGAGAAUCUAGCAGAGAAGUUGAUUGGUGUUCUCUUUGAGGUUUGGUUACUAGCUUGUACUCGGUGCUUCCCAACACCUCCUUAUUGGAAAACAGCUAAGGAGAUGGUGGCUAACUGGAGGCACCACCCAGCAGUGGUGGAGCAAUGGAGCAAGGUCAUCUGUGCACUCACUUCAAGAUUAUUACGCUUUACAUAUGGUCCUUCAUUUCCUCCAUUUAAAAUUCCCGAUGAAGAUGCCAGUCUGAUUCCUCCUGAAAUGGAUAAUGAGUGUGUUGCACAGACAUGGUUUCGCUUUUUACAUAUGUUAAGCAAUCCCGUGGAUUUGAGUAACCCAGCCAUUAUAAGCUCUACUCCCAAAUUUCAGGAACAGUUCUUGAAUGUGAGUGGAAUGCCACAAGAAUUGAAUCAGUAUCCCUGCCUUAAGCAUCUGCCUCAAAUAUUUUUUCGUGCCAUGCGUGGAAUCAGCUGUCUUGUGGAUGCUUUCUUAGGCAUUUCUAGACCCCGGUCAGACAGUGCUCCUCCAACACCCGUGAAUAGGUUAAGUAUGCCCCAGAGCACUGCUGUCAAUACCACCCCGCCACAUAACCGGAGGCACCGGGCUGUUACUGUGAAUAAGGCUACCAUGAAGACAAGUACGGUUAGUACUGCUCAUGCCUCCAAAGUUCAGCACCAGGCAUCCUCCACAUCUCCUCUCUCAAGUCCAAAUCAAACUAGUUCAGAACCCCGGCCACUACCUGCCCCUCGGAGACCAAAGGUUAACAGCAUCUUGAAUCUCUUUGGAUCAUGGUUAUUUGAUGCAGCAUUUGUUCACUGUAAACUUCAUAAUGGGAUAAACAGAGACAGCAGCAUGACUGCCAUCACAACACAAGCUAGCAUGGAGUUUCGACGGAAAGGGUCACAAAUGUCCACAGACACCAUGGUUUCCAAUCCCAUGUUUGAUGCAAGUGAAUUUCCUGAUAACUAUGAAGCAGGAAGAGCUGAGGCUUGUGGGACACUAUGUAGGAUUUUUUGUAGCAAGAAGACUGGAGAAGAGAUUCUGCCAGCUUAUUUAUCCAGAUUUUACAUGCUUUUAAUUCAAGGUUUGCAGAUAAAUGAUUAUGUGUGCCAUCCUGUCUUGGCCAGCGUUAUUCUAAACUCCCCUCCUUUGUUCUGCUGUGACUUGAAAGGGAUUGAUGUUGUGGUUCCUUACUUUAUUUCAGCUCUUGAAACCAUUUUGCCUGACAGAGAACUCUCAAAAUUCAAAAGCUAUGUAAAUCCAACAGAAUUGAGAAGAUCUUCCAUUAAUAUCCUACUCUCUUUGUUGCCCCUCCCUCAUCACUUUGGCACAGUCAAAUCUGAGGUGGUCCUAGAAGGGAAAUUUAGUAAUGAUGACAACUCUUCCUAUGAUAAACCAAUAACUUUUUUGUCCCUGAAGUUGAGGCUUGUGAAUAUACUAAUAGGUGCCUUGCAAACGGAAACAGACCCCAACAACACCCAAAUGAUACUAGGGGCAAUGUUAAAUAUUGUUCAAGAUUCAGCACUUUUAGAAGCCAUUGGUUGCCAAAUGGAGAUGGGAGGGGGAGAAAAUAACCUGAAGAGUCAUAGUCGCACUAAUAGUGGAAUUAGUUCAGCAAGUGGUGGAAGCACAGAGCCUACAACUCCGGACAGUGAAAGACCUGCUCAGGCGCUCCUGAGGGAUUAUGCUCUUAAUACAGAUUCAGCUGCUGGGCUCCUGAUACGCAGCAUUCAUCUCGUCACCCAAAGACUCAAUUCUCAGUGGAGACAAGACAUGAGCAUAUCACUGGCAGCUUUAGAACUACUCUCUGGCCUGGCAAAGGUGAAGGUGGCAGUUGACUCAGGAGACCGGAAGAGAGCUAUCAGUUCUGUAUGCAGCUACAUUGUAUACCAGUGUAGUCGGCCAGCUCCUCUUCACUCCCGGGAUCUGCACUCCAUGAUAGUGGCAGCUUUCCAGUGUCUCUGUGUCUGGCUGACAGAACACCCGGAUAUGCUUGAUGAAAAGGACUGUCUUAAGGAAGUACUGGAGAUUGUGGAACUUGGGAUUUCAGGAAGUAAGUCCAAAAACAGUGAGCAAGAGGUCAAGUACAAAGGAGAUAAGGAGCCAAAUCCUGCAUCUAUGAGAGUAAAGGAUGCUGCUGAAGCCACGCUAACAUGUAUUAUGCAGUUGCUUGGAGCAUUUCCUUCACCCAGUGGUCCUGCCUCUCCUUGUAGUUUGGUUAAUGAGACCACUUUAAUUAAAUACUCCAGGCUGCCAACCAUCAACAAGCAUAGUUUCCGGUACUUUGUCUUAGAUAACAGUGUCAUCCUGGCAAUGCUGGAGCAACCUCUUGGAAAUGAACAGAAUGAUUUUUUCCCCUCUGUCACUGUGCUGGUCCGGGGAAUGUCUGGAAGACUGGCUUGGGCACAGCAGCUUUGCCUUUUACCCAGAGGAGCAAAAGCAAAUCAGAAGCUAUUUGUGCCUGAGCCUCGCCCAAUUCCUAAAAAUGAUGUUGGAAUUAAAUAUACUGUGAAACAUCGACCAUUUCCUGAAGAGGUGGAUAAGAUUCCUUUUGUGAAAGCAGAUCUGAGCAUUCCAGAUUUGCAUGAAAUCGUCACUGAAGAAUUAGAAGAGAGACAUGAAAAAUUAAGGAAUGGCAUGGCCCAGCAGAUUGCUUAUGAAAUACACCUUGAACAACAGAGUGAGGAGGAAUUGCAGAAGAGAAGUUUUCCUGAUCCAGUUACAGAUUGCAAGCCCCCACCUCCUGCCCAGGAAUUCCAAACAGCACGCCUCUUCCUUUCACAUUUUGGAUUUUUAUCAUUAGAAGCAUUGAAGGAACCUGCAAAUAGUCGUCUACCUCCUCACCUCAUUGCACUUGACUCCACGAUACCUGGAUUUUUUGAUGACAUUGGGUAUCUGGAUCUCUUGCCAUGUCGUCCCUUUGAUACAGUUUUUAUUUUCUAUAUGAAGCCAGGUCAGAAAACUAACCAAGAGAUUUUAAAGAAUGUGGAGUCUUCCAGAAAUGUUCAGCCACAUUUCCUUGAAUUUUUGCUCUCUCUUGGCUGGUCAGUGGAUGUGGGCAGACACCCUGGUUGGACUGGGCAUGUUUCCACCAGUUGGUCUAUUAAUAGUUGUGAUGACUGCGAAGGACCUGAACAAGAUGAAGUGAUUUCCUCUGAAGAUGUUGGGGCUAGCAUUUUCAAUGGACAGAAGAAGGUGCUAUAUUAUGCUGAUGCCCUUACGGAAAUAGCUUUUGUGGUUCCUUCUCCUGUGGAGUCCUUAACUGAUUCAUUAGAGAGUAAUAUCUCGGACCAAGAUAGUGAUUCAAAUAUGGAUCUAAUGCCAGGAAUUCUCAAACAGCCAUCCCUGACACUUGAGCUUUUCCCUAAUCACACAGACAAUCUUAAUUCCUCACAGAGGCUAAGUCCUAGCUCCAGAAUGAAGAAGCUGCCUCAGGGUCGCCCUGUGCCUCCCCUUGGACCUGAGACAAGAGUUUCUGUAGUCUGGGUGGAACGCUAUGAUGAUAUAGAAAACUUUCCCCUCUCAGACUUGAUGACAGAAAUCAGUACUGGUGUAGAAACUACUGCAAAUAGUAGUACUUCUCUGAGAUCAACCACUCUUGAAAAAGAAGUUCCUGUGAUCUUCAUCCACCCUUUAAACACUGGAUUAUUCCGGAUAAAAAUUCAAGGAGCUACUGGAAAAUUUAACAUGGUUAUCCCUCUCGUGGAUGGGAUGAUUGUCAGCAGGCGAGCCCUCGGUUUUCUGGUGAGGCAGACUGUAAUUAAUAUUUGUAGAAGAAAGAGACUGGAGAGUGAUUCCUACAGCCCACCACAUGUCCGCCGGAAACAGAAAAUCACCGACAUUGUCAACAAGUACCGAAACAAGCAGUUGGAGCCAGAGUUUUAUACUUCACUUUUCCAGGAGGUUGGACUCAAGAACUGCAGUUCUUAGACCACAGUCUGUCUAGGACAAUUGAACUCCAGUUUGGGGCUAUGAAAUCAAAGCAAAACAAUUUCAUAGGUGAUCACUGUAAAAAUAAAAACAAAUCACUCCCCAGGAACUUACUGUUUAAUCACCAGAAUAGAAGAAACACAUUAUAAACCCAUUUGAUAGAAGACUUUUGGCUUUCUAGUGAAAUGGGCACCCAGACACAAUCAUAUUCCUGCUGGUAAUGAUGAUAUACAUUUUAGCCAUAAGCUUUCUUUUAAAAGUGACAAUUUUAGUUAAAUAUAAGCCUUUUGAGGAGAAAGGCUUUUAUGCAUCUCAGUUAAACAUGUGCAUUGGUAGUAUCAAAUUUGCAAAUUAGAAGUUGAAGAUAGUAUUAUACCUCACUUUUUAGGAGGUGUUGUGUUCAAAUUAAAAUGUCUCAGAAUCUGCCAGGCAUUUACACACUCAUCGUUCAUAGGUGGAAGAGAAGGAGAGAAAUGUCCACCUUCUGCUCACUGAUAGGUCCUUCUUCCAUUGAACUGUCAUACUGACGAAAAAGAACAUAAAUGAUUUUUGCUCAGAUAAGAAGUCUGAUGUUAGGAUAUUUCAUUUUAUCUUCACAUUUCAAAAAGUUACUCUCAUCACUGCACACAUCUGUCUGAAGGUCUCAGUUUUGGCCCAGGAAUAGUUGUAACAGAAAGGUAUGUCUGUCCUCUAAUGGGGAGACAGGUGGAGUUGUGGUGUUAAAAGCUCUAAGAGAGCAGUGAUGCCUCCACUCUCUCCACUACUGUCCAGUUCAGUGACAUGACAGGUGGAACAUUUGUAAUUCCUUGGUAAAAUAUUAUGAAAUGUAAAUUCACAACAAGAGUUGAAAAUGAAUUAGUUUCAUCCACUGUUUCUUAUUUAGGACCAAGCAGGAAACUGCAGUAGUUUAUGAAGGAUUCUUACUUGGGGUUCAGGAAGUAUCUCUCAAUGCUACUAAUUAAGCUCUCCCAGAGAGCUACUGGAUUUCUUCGAAUUGACAAACAUUACCACCUUUUUGGGUGACCGCUAUUAGAAGUGGUUUUUGUCAUGUUUUCUGGACUUUGCCAGCUGAAGGCACAACACCUCCCUGCCAGGACUUUGGAAAUACUUCUGUUACCUCGCUGCUACUUUUCUGCCAGGGAUAAAAGUUUUGAGGUGGCCAGACCCAGAACAUCCUUACAAGGAUUCCUGUUACAGUGCUAGAGUAUAUACUGCUCAUUUCUUCUAUUCUCAUGUGCUUUUAUUAAGGUUAUUUUAUGUUUGGAAAAUAAGUGACACAUAAAGUCCAAAGAGGAGUGAUCACAGUUGUAGAAGAGAUGUCUUCCCACUUGAACUCUGAUGUCAGUAGAUUCUGUAGGUCAAGGUUACAAUGGUCUGUUUGGUUUGAUGUUUUGGUAGUUUAAUUAGGGGGUGGGGAAUAGUGUAGGACUUAAUUCCCUGUGCAAAUAUUUUUGUUCCAGAAGUAUGUAUUUGCCAUCUAUGAGCAAGAAAUGUGAGCACAACAGCUCUUGGUCUUAAGUUUGCUACACAAUUUUCUUCAUGUUUAUUUUAAGCUCAGGUAAAGGUAACCUUCUCAUUCUAUGACUCCAGUUUCCAUUCAGGGUAUAUAUAAUAUUCAAUAAUUGAUUUUAUUUUUGAUCUGGGCAAUAAAUUGAUGUUUUCAGAUGGUAGCAUGGGGGAGAGGGGAGGGAUAACAAGUUCUCUCAAAGUGUUUUGGUAACUCAGCAGGUAUGAGGUAAGAUUUAGCAACUUUAGUGGGAAUUCCAGAUUGAUGUUUUUCAGUGGAAAAAUGGGCCCUUGUUCUAGUGCAUGUGAACAAAGAAGGCUGUAAUUUGAUGUGCAACUUACAACAUUCCAGAGGCUAUAGGUGUACUCCGUGUAAUUCGUCAGAGAAACUUUUACCUUUGGCACAGUUUAACUGUCAGCAAAGUGUCCGGUGGCAUGUGGUGGUGGUAGGCUUGAUGAUGCUUCCAUGUGCUCUGGUUUCUGGCCAUUCUGUUAUUCUACUGACUUUGAUAAGUGAACAAUCAUGUUGAGUGCUGUUUGAUCUGGAAGGCUCUGUGAUCUCCCAGAGAAGGAGGGAUGGAUUCUGGACUGUGUGGCCCCUGAAGGCAUGAUACCCCAGUAUGUACAGUGCACACACACAGGGUGCAUAUAAGUUACCCAAAGCUGGUUCCUUCUGCUCAAAACCAGCGUAUGUUAAGUGUGGUGAGAACCCGUGGAUCGGUCACUGGUAUGGGUUUGACUUCAUGGCCCCUAAGUUCACCCAGCUGCCUUUGUGAAAAAUUACUUUGAGUAGAAUAAUGCCAGAGGAGCAUAUUUUGUCUCUGAUAAUAACCUUUAUUUAUCUACUUGAUAAAUUUGUUAGCAUAUAUUCAUAGCCUUUCAAGGGAAGCCAGGACCAAUUUGGUCUGUGGCUUAAAUGUUUAGUUGCUACAUGUGACAUGUACACCAAGGAGUGGUAGAAGAGUGGAGUUUGGUGACAAGGAAAUCAUUAUCCGAGGGACAGGGGCUUUCCUCCUCUCUGGUUGGGAGCAUUGAGGGCAGUUAGUGGGACUUUUGCCUUUUGAAUCCUUUCUUUAUUCAUCCUCCUAAGACCCUGGUCCUGUCCAUUGGCCCUUUGAAAGGAGGAGUGGUUAUUCGGUGGGCUGCUUACUCUCUCUCUCUCUCUUUCUCUCUCUCUCUCUCUCUCUCUCUCUCUCUCUCUCUCUCUCUCUCUCUCUCUCUCUCUCCCUCCCCCUUCAUCCAUCCCUCCCUCCCUCCCACUGAUUUCCAUUCCAGGUCCCCUAUUUCAGGGCAGCCAUUCUCCUCUGGACUCAUUUAUAAAUACCUACAUCUUUGGCUCGCAAUGUCAGUUGCCUACAGGUUGUGUGUUGUGAGAUCUUCAUGAGUGGUUACUUUUUACAUACUCUGGGGGGAGCAUUUGUUAGGCUCUGCAGACUGAUCUGUAGAGAGGCAGAGUCUUCAAGCAUAUUCAUUUCUGUUGGAAGGUGGAACUUCACCCAAAGUGGGACUCAACGUGCUCAAAGACAUGUUUCUUGGUCGAUGGUAAAAAAUGCACUGGAGGUGACGGGACCCUCCGCUGUGGUAGUUCUCCAUUCAACACUUAAAACCCAUCCAGGUUAUAUCUCCCCCGCCCCCACCCCCCACCCCGCAAAAAAAAAAAAAAAAAAAUUGAUUUGUAUGUUUACACAAAACAGUAAGUUGAGUUAGAUGGUCUGAUUUCCAUGACAGCCUCUUUUCCUGACAGAGAGAGAGUGGGGGUCAUCUAACCGCUCAGCGUGGAAUCAGGUUGUGGUUCUCGGUAGCUAAAGAAGCCAUGUACUGUAUAGCGUUUUUCUCAGAAUAUCAAUUCAUGUUCUUCAGAUGCUUUUCUUUUUUUAAAGGUGAGGGAAAAGGUAUAAUUUGGGAUUCCACAGUGCCUUGCAUAUAGUAGGCGCCCAAUAAAUAUUUGUUGAAGCAAACCAAGUUUCCCAAGUCCUUGUCUCUCGCAGUGACCAAGAACAUCUUUCUCCUCUGAAGGGCUUGGCAGUUGUGGCUAAAAAAUAAGCAGUAUCAUUAUUUGCUUGAAAUCAUGUAUACAAUUUGUAUGAAUUUCGGUAUGUUGCCAAGACAUGAUCUUUUUCUUAUUGUAUUUUCUGUAAAUAUUUCUGUCACUGAACUGUAAAGUAAAGGCGAAAUGUAAAUAUGAAGGUGUCCCUGUGUCCCCUCGCCUCCUGUGUUUUCUCUUCGUCGCUUAGGGGAGGCAGCCCAGAGGCUUGUUUGUAUUUAUGCCACCCCUUUGUCCAGAAGAAACCCAUGGAAUAUUGAAUGUAACACAUUUAGUCAAUUAAAUUUUAAGAAGAUU